AGCAGCGACAACAACAAAAUCCAAUCGUACAACUCAUUUCAACGUUCAUCUACAUGAGAACCACACUCCGUCAUCUUUGCCAAAGAUUCAAUCCUAAUAAACCAACCAUGUCGAAACUCAUCACUGUAUUUGGCGCGACUGGCAACCAGGGCGGCUCCGUUAUUCGAAGCGUGCUGGCGGAUCCUGUUCUGUCCAAAGAAUACAAGCUUCGCGGAAUUACCCGUGAUAUCUCGAAGGAAUCUGCAAAGAAGCUCUCCUCUCAGGGCGUUGAGAUGGUCACUGCGGACAUGUCAUCUCCAUCGUCUCUUCAGGAUGCUAUCAAAGGCUCCCAUACAGUAUUCUUGGUGACUAACUUCUGGGACACCAUGAGCAAGGACACCGAAGUCGCUCAGGGAAAAGCCGUGGCAGAUGCUUGCAAAGAGACUGGAGUCAAACAUCUUAUAUUCUCGUCUCUCCGCAGCAUUUCGGAGGUCACUGGAGGGAAAUUACCCAACGUUCUUCACUUUGAAGGCAAAGCUGAAGUUGAACAAUAUAUCCGGGAUAGUGGGAUUCCAGCAACUUUCGUCCUCGCAGGUUUGUUUAUGACAGGCCUUAGUGGAAGUAUGAUCCAGAAAAGAGAUGAUAUCUGGACACUGGCAUUGCCUGUUAAUCCUGAAAAGGCCAAGAUUCCCGUCUUCGACGUGGAGGAAGAUACUGGCAAAUUCGUGAAAGCGGUCAUCACGCACUUCCCCGAUACCAUCGGCAAGCGAAUUCUCAUGGCGACAGACUACCUGACACCCAAACAAGUCACAGAUGAGCUUGCAGAAACCUUUGGAGUCAAAGCCGCAGCCGUGCAGAUUCCAGAAGAAACAUUCAAGUCCUUUUUACCUGGACCAAUUGCUCAAGAAAUGCUUGAGAAUAUGCUUGUUUUGGAAAAAGAGGGCUAUUUUGGCGGCGAGGGCUUGGAUCAGUCCCAUGCUCUUCUCGAGGAUGGUGUGACAUCGUGGAAAGACCAUAUUUUACGCCGUUCCUCUACAUUUACUUAGAUUAAUUAUGUGCGUGUAUAGGAAUGUUUGGUGUUAAAUUAGUUCUUGUGUAUACUUAACCGCUCUGCUCAUUCAAUCGUUUUACUCAUAUGUCCGACUCCAUCUAAUACUCGAGUUGAAUCGGUCACAUAGGGCUAGGGCUUGCGAGCGGGCACCGGCUUUGGUUUAGCCUCAUAUUCAAUGAUCAUGCUGCCC